AUGGCUCAUGUAUUAGAAGAGAAAGAAAGGACUAAAGAUGUAAUUUUGGAAGAAAAUGUGUCUUUUAAAGAGUUAUUUUUGCCUCAACAUAUUCUAGAUGGUCUUGAAUACCAUAAUUUUAAAAAACCAUCACCAAUUCAGCUAAAAUCUAUUCCUGUAGGAAGAUGUGGUUUUGAUCUAAUUGUAAAAUCAAAGUCUGGAACUGGAAAGACGGUGGUAUUUUCUGUUAUUGCUUUGGAGAGUGUUAAUCUUCAGAAUGAUGCACCUCAAGUUUUGAUUUUGGGCCCCACUAGAGAAAUAGCAGUGCAAAUACAGGAAGUUUUGCAAAAUCUUGGACAGUUCAUGAAAGGUUUAAGAGUCCAAUACUUCAUCGGAGGAACCCCUGUGGAAUCCGACAAACUAAACUGCUCGGACUGCCACAUUGCGGUGGGCGCGCCAGGCAGAAUAAAGCACCUCAUCAAAGAUGGCCACCUCCGAACGACCAGCAUACGUCUCUUUGUGCUCGACGAGGCGGACAAACUCAUGGAAUCCAGUUUCGAGAACGACAUCAACGAAAUCUACAACCUAUUGCCGGACAAGAAACAAAUGAUAACCACCAGCGCCACCUACCCGAAUGAUUUGGAAGAGUUUCUGAGUCGGUACAUGUUGUCGCCCACUCACGUGACGGCCGAGUUGGAGUCGCCGCUGCUUUUGGGGCUAAAGCAGUUUGUGAAGCCUAUGAAGCGUUGUAAUACGGUGGCAGUACAGAUGAAGAAUAAGAACGAGGCGUUGUUAAAGUUAUUAGCUUACGUAUCCUUCACGCAAUGUUUAAUAUUCUCUAACUUUCAAACGCGCGCAGAGAGUAUUAGUAAUUAUUUAAAUCAGCACGGAUGGGAUUCGACGUUUAUUUCCGCUGCGCAGUCGCAAAAAGAUAGGUUGGGUGCUUUGGCGAGCCUGAAAGAUUUUAAGUGUCGCAUUAUGCUGUCUACCGAUCUAGUAGCCAGAGGUAUAGAUGCCUCUAGUGUCGAUUUAGUUAUUAAUUACGACGUGCCUGUAGACACUAUGACUUAUUUACAUAGAAUGGGUAGAGCGGGUCGGUACGGUUCUUCAGGGGUUUGUAUUACCAUGGCUUUUGAGGAUAAUGAAAUGAAGGUUUUGAGGAAUAUUAUUGGCGCUAUUGGCGGCGUUAAUUUGUCAAUACCCGUACUGCCGGAUGUGGAAAAUAUAAGUUUGGAUCUGUUGAAGUUAGAUACAAACACUCUUGAGUUUAUUCAUGGUUCUAUUUCCACUGAAGUGGGUAAAAAUAUAGACUUUAAGAGUCAGGUUUUUGAAAUGAAAAAUACAACAAAUAAGAACAAAUCUUGUAAUAAAGAAAAGAAAAAAGCAAAACAAGAGUUACUGGAUGAGGAAAGCGUUUUAAAUAUUUUAGAUGAGAGCAAAUCAAAUACUAAUAAAGACGAAAAUAUGGAUAUCAAGUUACUUUUAGAAUCCAUGGCAAAAGGCUCAAUGCAAAUAAGUAGCACAGAAAUACAUGAAAAAAAUACCGAAAUAGAUACCAAAUUACUAUUACAAUCAUUGGCCAAAGGUUCUCCAGAAUUAACUAAAUCCACUGAAACAAAACUUGAUGAGACACAAGAUAUACUUCAACAAUUAGCAAGUGGUGAUUUUUAUAAGAAAAGAAAACGCCCAGAACUGGAUAAAUCUCCAAAUUCUAUAGAAAAUCAAAAGGAAAAAUGUCAGCCAAUCGAAAAUAUAUUCUUCAAAAACCGAGCUCUGUUAAGUGUUUCUAAAAUGCUUUAUGAUUCCCAAACCGAACCCGACAAGGAUGAUAUGGCCAGUGUAGAUCAGUAUUUAAAUAUUUUAAAGGAAGAGGAAAAUAUCGAUGUCCAAAAUUUUUUAAUUGAUUCCACCAAGCAGGAUAUAAGUAAUGUUGGCAACCCUUGUACGUCACAAAAUUUGACAACAAAUAAAACUAUGGAAAAUAUUUUCGAAAUUGGUUAUGAAUACGCUGUGAAUCCAAACGCCCCACAUUGGUUAAAAUGUCUUCCUGAGUCUGAAAUAAAGAAAUUGGAAGAUUUGCAUAUUUCCGAAGAACAAGAGGAAAAUUUAGAAUGGGAAGAUGAGGAUGACGAUUUCGACGAGGAUUGCGAAAUAAACGAAGAAUCCACUGUGGAUUGUGUUCCAAGAACCGUUAAAGAUUUAGCGAAUGAUCCGAAUUACUCUUUUAUGAAAUGGGUCCCAGUAAAGAAAAAUCAAAAACCUAGUUAUUAUAAUGAAACAAAUAAUGACUGUGUUCUUUUUAAUCGAAAUGAUACCAACAUGGAAGAAGAAUUUGAAUGCCCAGAAGAAGAAAUUGAACAAUAUCAACGCAAUGAAACUUUUAUGUAUGAUUCAAGUCAUCAGAAUCAUACAAGAGAUUAUUCUUCAUACAUGGACCAGUGCAGUAAUCAGUUAUGGCAAAAUGGACUUAAUUUUAAUAACGCGCAAGAGUUUGACAAUUGGUUUCAUAAUAAUUGGCAGCAGCAGGUAAAUUCUGUAAGAUCAUACAUUCAACAGAAUAUUUAUGUGGAAGAAAUGAACAGAUAUCAAAGAAGUCAUAAUUAUUAUAAUAACUAA